AUGUUAAUGCCAAGAGUAAAGAAACACAGCUCUCUUGUUUUUGUUGCUCUUGCAACGCUUUUGGUACUACUGCACCAACACGUACUCACCACAACAACUCCAAAACCCUUCAAAGUCCAUACUGCAGACGAUGGAGCCAUUCACAUAACAAUUAUUGUUGGUGCCAUUCAAAAAGAACAACAACUUCCUCCUCUUGAUGCUACUUCCAACAAACUUGUACAACAAUUCAAGCAAGUGAUAUCAAACCAGAAAGAACAAGACUUGGCUAAACAUUAUCUUGACUUUGCCCAAAGUCUCAAAUUUAUUCAUGACGGAAUUCCAAAUUCAUUCUCUCCAGAGGCCAUUGCCAUGAAAUAUGAAUUAAUGGUUCUUAUCAAGGACUUUACAUUGAAAGCUCAACAUCCUGGAGCAGACAUGUUGAUAUCCAUUUUGAAAGACUUUUCACAUGUGAAACAACAAGCACCGCAACAGCAACAACAGGAAUCAGGUGUUAGUUCCCUCUGGAUCAAUGCCAUUAGUACCACCAUGAAUUUGUUGGAUGGAAUUGGAACCUACUCUGACAAGGUAUCAAAAGCUUCACAAUUCAUUGGUGGACCAGUUGCUGCAAAACUUGAAAAGUGGAAACUUCACAAAUUGAGUCAGAUGGCUAAAACAACAGGAACCAAAGUCGAUCAAUUCACCACUCAAAACAUCAAACCCUAUGAAGAUAAGAUUGCCAAGAAAAUUGCUCCUGUAGUGAAAUCCAAAACAUUCCAAGAAUAUCAAAUUGCCUACCUCCUACAAGGCAUUGAAACUUCUCUCACUAAAGCUUCGAAACUCGUUCAGAAUAGAAAGCAAGUAAUGAAGUUGAUUACAACAAGACCUCAGAGAGCACUCAAGACAUUCACCAAAAUGAAUCUCUACAACAAGGCCGUGACAGUGUAUGGAUUCAAGAGCGAUUUUUCCACAUUGAAAACUGGAAUCUUUGGUGAGAAGAAGCAGCCACAACCAAACGCUGGUAAAAGACCAACAGAACCUGCAAGGAGAGUGCAAUCUCCUUCUCCCAAUAGACAGCCAAGAGCAGUUAGUAACAGACGUACACCUCGUCAACAGAGAAAUCAACAACCCAGAAAUGUUAGACAACUGAGAGGAAGACCAUAA